CAGAUUAUUGCAAGCAAUGUUUUACAAGUGCAAGCUAAACAGAUUCUACAGUCUUUGAUUCAGGACUAGCCUACUCAUCGAAUAACUCUGUGUACACUGCUGAAAUAUAUGCAACGAUUUAUUUACAAAAAAGCUUGCCACUGCUGCAAAUGUGCAAAUUACGAGCUUUUCUACCAUAUUGCCCAAACCUAGUUGCAGAAAGAUCGUUUGUCAGUACAGCUGAUCUUCUUUAAUAGGCCCACAAUUAGCCUCACCUGGGAACAUUCCGAUCAAUGCUGCACUCCAUGCGCCCUAACGGUCUGCUCAUAAAAAUGUUGAAUAAAGCUUAUUAGGCAGAAUCUUUGUGAAUAGGUUAAAAAAACUUACUGCGUAUGCUCACAUUGUUCAUACAUGCAAUGUCAAAUUAUAUUCUUUUGUGGGAUGAAUUUCGAAUAUUAAACAAACAUUGGCUUCAGCACAAUUAUUUGAAUAUUUGAAUUAAAGAACAGUUGGCAUUGACAAAUGAAAUAUCAAAUAUAAAAAAAACUAUGUUCGGUCCAGGUCUGGUAAACAACCAUAUCACCGAUAUCAGUCUACAACACGCACACAAUCGUGAAUGAAAGAAAGUUCACAAUUUCAGCCAGUGGUGGGAUAAUGUGUACUCUGUAAGUCCGCAGUACCUUGAGAUGACUUGAGACGGGUGGGGGCGUCGGGUCCUUUAGGGGCAACUGUUUCCUCCUUCGCUGCUCCUCGGCGGUGUCGGGUCACACAAACGUCCCACAGGGCGAGACUUGAUUCUGGAGACACUGCCGCGAGGAAGCGACUGCGAAGCAGGUGACGGAUUCUCCUGCACAGAAGGCUGUUUCAGCUAGAGAAAGUUCCGCACCCGCGCAGAGAUGCUGUGAGGACGGCGACGCAAGUUUGGUGUUUGGAACAGCUCACGCUUGGGAGCUAUAUCUCACAUAAUUCUCCUGUAACGGGCAUUUUUGCUGGUGUGCGGGGACUGCUGGCGUUUGCGUUUAUAUUUGUUUAUUUCCUCACUAAAACGCCGGCACAGACGAGAUGCAACAGUCGACGGUCCCACCAACCGCCACUACCGUUCUCGACCCUGCAGAGCAGUUUGUGAAGAGGCGCAGAACAGCCCUGUGGUUUACUGUUUCUCUGCUGCUCCUCUCUGUGGUGAUCCUGGUGGUGGGCCUGGUGUCUGCCACACGCACCGGGAACGUGGCCGUAGCGGGACACUACCCUGGGAUCAUUCUGAGUUUUGGAUCCUUCCUCGGGAUUGUGGGAAUUAACCUGGUGGAGAAUCGGAGACCCAUGCUUGUGUCAUCCAUCAUCUUUGUCAGUAUUGGCGUGGUCGCCGCCUUCUUCUGCGCUAUUGUGAAUGGGAUCAUUGCGGCUGAGUUUAUCGACAGGAGACCCCUGCUGGAGAACAGGUGUGAGUUCUACUCCAGUGGGUACGCCUAUGACAACUACUACACGGAGGUGACCUGCUACUCGUUCAACAGCAAGUGUAAGAUCAGAGUGAAAACCAACACCUGCUACUGCUGUGACCUACAUAGCUGUGAAAGUCCGGACGACCACUCGCAUUAUUACGAGUACACGGGCGUGAACAGCUGCUCGGACGUGGUGCACCUCUACCGCCUCCUCUGGUCCUCAGUGGUACUGAACAUCCUGGGCUUGCUGCUGGGCAUCCUCACUGCAGCCGUAUUGGGAGCGUUCAAAGACAUCAGCCCCGCCCCCCAGACAUCGCCCAGCCUGGCUCCGCCUCCGCACAUCCUGUACAAUCCCACGCAGCAUAUGCUGACCUACGCUGGAUUCUGCCCGUCCAAUCAGGCACUGCCCGCGUACCCAAAUUACCCGCUGCCCAUGCAGCACCAUGGCAACUACCAGCCCCCGCCUCCGGCAGCACCGCCCGCCCCCGAGGCACCAGCGUCCCCAUCCGAAGAGAGCCAGGCCCCCUCGCAGGCCUCAUCCAGCUACAUGCUGACCCCAAACGCACCCGUGCUUUAUGGGAUGUCUUACGGCCCCUGUGAGAAGCCCCCGCCCUACGCUUGCUGAGUGAUCAGAAUCUUUGAUCCCUCUCCAGUGACGUGCCCCCCCCCCUCCCCCCACCCCUGUGGUCUCGUGGAGUGGAACCAUGCACGAGCAGUUGGUGUGGCCGGUUCCCUCCUGAAGAAACCAAAUCACCUUGGUAACAUCGAUACAGGGCAUUCACCUUAUUUAACCCUUUGAAGAGUAGGGUUUUUCAAAAUUCUAAGUCUGCGUUUCACUAUCGCUUUCAAUCACCAGUAGUGCUUGUUACAUCAGCAUUAGAUUGGUCAGUUAAGGAUGUUCUAAUCACAUAUUAGACUAUGUGACCCCUUAUACCUUAAAGGGUUAAAAGCAUGCCGUGCCCCUCUCUGACUUGACCUGUUGGUUACACUUCAGCCAUUUCAGUUAUAUAUAACAUUUCCAUACUUUUACCUUGCCAACAGGCGGCCGGGCCAACAUUGGCCAUCGACCAAUUCAUCAGUCAUCAGUUUAAUGUUCGUUUCGCCAUCUAUGCCAUGGGGCUGCCACAGUGUACUUUAUAGAUGCGUCACGACAUAGGGGCGACAGCUCAGGAGGUAAGACCGAUUGUCUGGCAGUCGGAGGGUUGCCGGUUCAAACCCCGCCCUGGGCAUGUCGAAGUGUCCUUGAGCAAGACACCUAACCCCUAACCCCUAACUGCUCUGGCAAAUGAGAGGCAUCAAUUGUAAAGCGCUUUGGAUAAAAGCGCUAUAUAAAUGCAGUCCAUUUACCAUUUACCAUCACAGAAAAAAUAUUUUGUGAAUAUAAAGCAUGACUGGUUACAACCGCCCGUCACUGAAGCCACAGACACACAAUGUUUUAGGCAAAGCCCUUAGAGGACAAAUCUUUCGUAAUCCCACUUUUCACAGUUAUUUUUCAAAUUUAUUCAGGAACGUGGCCAACUUGCUGUACUCUGAAACCUGUGCUCAGUUUGGGAGAAAGAAGCUGCCUCUUCAGGUUUUUAAGUGUCCUGUGAGCUUCAGUCUCUCAUACCACAGUUCCAUGUCCUUCAGUCGAUGCCAGACUUGUGUGUGGGUAAGACUAUUAAACCGACAAAGGUGAAACUUAAAAAUAUCAUUUAAGAUUAGGCAGUGCUUUAGUCUGUAAAAAUUUAGAACUUUAGAGUGAAAUGUGUCUUAAACAUCAUCUUGAACUACAGUAGCAUCUGCAUAUCAUCUGAAUGUAAAAAAUAAGGAACCUUGCAACUGGUUAGAAAUGGAUUUUGAGUGAAUCCUGUGUUUGCAAUCACUUGGGACUCUUGUGUUCUGAGUUUUUGGUAAUAGUGUGCUUGUGUGGAGUGCUUAAGUGCAGCGCAGGUAUUUGGCUCUCAUAUGUGAUCAGUCCCCCCCCCCAUGUGUUCUGCUUUUAGUGUGCACUCAUAGGCGCCCCCUGGUGGUGUACAGGUCCUGGUGAGUACUCCUACCAUCAGGCUCUGCAGAAGAACUCAAAUGAAACAAACACCUCCUAUGGACCAUGCAGUGCCUAAUUAUUAAUGGGCAAAAAAAUAAAUAAAUGACAUGUGGUUUUUAAUUUGCUUCAAAAUGGAGAAAAAAAAGAAAAAAGUUUUCAAUCACAAAACAUUUUACAGCGCUUGUUUUCCAGUAUUUUUCAACAGGUGUGUUAUACAUUGUGUUAUACCAUUUAUAAUGAAAUCACUAGCAACUUAUUGCAUUUGAGUUAUGGUGUUAUGAGAACUUGAAUGAAUGAAGAACCUCUGGAGGUCUUUAACUCUGGGGUUCCACUGUACUAUCAUCUGAUGAGCGGCUAUUAAACUAGAGUUCCACUUGUCCCUAUCUCAA